CGACGUUUAUUCUCAUAUUCCUUUUUAUGAAAUUAAAUCAAAAUUUUGGGGGGCCACCAUGUUGUACAGUGCUUCUCAUGGAGGUCACUUGGAGGUUGUUAAGUUCCUCCUUGACAACGGGGCAUUCAUUUCGAUGGAAAGCGAUGUUCAUUUAACAGCACUACAGGUUGCCGCUGAGAAUGGACAUGUAGACGUUGUUAAAACUCUUUACGAAUCCGGCGGAGUUGCGGAUCAAACUGCUUUACAACUUGCUGUUAUAAACAACAGGCUAGACGUUGUAAAAUACCUUUUGAAAAUCGGUGUCAAGGAUAAAUGUAUGAGAUGCGAUGGAUCCCUCUACUGGCUUAAGACUAAACACCGUUAUCAAAGCCAAGUUUUGUUAAAGAAACAUUCAUUUCAAAUCAAGAAACACUGCGAAUCAAGGUAUAAAUCAGCUAGUGGAGUCCUCCUCAUAGACGAUGAAUGUAUUAUACGUGAUAACAUCACCAAUGAUAUUCAAUUUGGCGAACUGUUUAACGACAAACAUCUAAUUUUCUGUGAUACUGCGCUCCACGCAGCGGUCUCCUUAGGUCAUAAAGCAAUAAUCGAGGAGCUCGUCUCAAGAGAAAAAUGGGCGUUAGCUUGUCGUGAUUACUCAGGUAGGACUCCAGUACACGAGGCCGUGCGAAGAAAUAAUACAGGUCUGGUCGAAUUUCUGCUCUCGAAAGAUGAAGCAAAGAUACAUGCGACGUGUGAUCGUUGGCAGGAUAUCGAGCUGCAAACUGAAACAAGCAGUAGCUUGGUGCUGAGCUAUGAAGAGUCCAAAGAAUACUACGAAGAUGUUUGCCAUUGCGGAUAUUCCCCUCUCCAUCUGGCUGCGCGCUAUGGAUAUUUGGACGUUACUUUUACUCUUUUGAAAAAGAAGGCAGGUUUGGGAGUUAAGGACUGCUCUGGUACAACGCCACUUCAUGUGGCUGCUUGUCACGAUCACUGGAAUAUCAUAUAUAUUCUUUGGAAACUCGGUGCCGACAUUACUAGCAGAUCGUUUAACGGAUCGACACCCAUUCACAGUGCUGCAGCAUGUGGUGCUGUUCAGGCAAUCGACCAUUUAAUUUAUCAUGGAGCAAAUAUCAAUGAAAUCGAUGAUAGCGGGCUUACACCUUUGCAUUAUGCCAUAAAAAACAUAACUUCAAAUCAACUUGAUCGACAAGUUCUCGUGAAUUCGACCACUAACAGAGGCUCACUUCAUCUUUUAACGGUUGACCGUAGAGGCCAUCUUGCUAGUUUUUAUAGGGAGGGAGACUACUUGAAAAACACAAACCUUUAUCGAUGGUUAGAUGUUUUGCUUUAUUUGAUCUUAUAUGGUGCUGAUAUGAAUGCUGCUGACGACCUAGGUCGAACAGCAUUACACAUAGCAGCUGAAAAUGGUUUGGCUGAUGCAGUUAAUGUUCUUGUGCAAAGAGGUGCGAAGCUUGAAAUGCACGACAGGUUGGGGAGAACACCAUUACAAGUGGCAGUCGAAAAGGCUAGGGUAUUACCUGAGCAUUCGCGCGUAAUCCUUCAUGUGGAGAACUUUCAGGGGCUGGGUGGGUAUUUGCAGGAUCAUGAUUUGGUCGUACAUCUUCUUCUAUCGUCCGGUGUUUCAUUUUCAAAGUGCAAUAACUCCGGUGAAAGCUUAUUACAUCGCGCUGUCCUGAAUAACCAGCCAUAUAUUGCACAGAUGCUACUUUUGAAGGGAGCCAACAUGAACUGUAAGGAUAGUUUAGGACGAACUCCUCUUGUGGCUUUUCUUCACAAUGGUGGUGAUUGGCUAUUGGCAGAUGCGAUCUUCUUCAAAGGUUCAAUGAAGAUUAAGUGCGGAAAGCCAUUUAACACAUCUUUAUUUCAUUUGUUGUGUUAUUUCUCUCCAAAGGAUGAGGAUUACAACUUCUUUCAACAAAUCUCGUGCGAUGAUCGAACGUGUUCAAAAAACAGUCCUUUAGAAAAAGCUAUUGAAAGUCAUCGUUUGAAGUACAAAGUCAUCGAUUCUUGCUUAGAUGCCGAAGGAUUUACACCGUUACACAGAGCUUCUCAGGGUGCCAACAUAGUUGCUGUACGUAACCUUAUAAGGCAUGGUGCAGAUGUGUCCUUACGAAGCCCAGAGGGGCAUGACGCCCUCACACUGGCCAUUCUUCAUGGAGGAAGUAAUUUGUGGCCUAUAAUGAGGACUAAAACUGAGCAAUUAAAAAUGAAUGAAGCUUCUGACGUAGCUCUAGAACUACUUCGUCAUAAAAUGAAAAGUGACUUCCAAAUUGUGUGUGACUCCAGCAAAUCUGAACUGACUUUGUAUCAUUUGGCAGCCUCUCGCGGGCUAGUAAAAUUUAUCAAGGAGAUCUUCAGGGAUGGUGAGCUUCAUAGGUUGAAUGUUGAUUGUCCAAACAAGGAUGGAAUCACUCCAUUGUACUUGGCCAAACUUUACAGUAGUAAGGUGGUCGAAACUGACCUUUACAACCCUUGGGCUGAAGUUGUACAGUUCAUUGAGAAGCUGGGAGGUCAAACACAAUAUCCACAAAGAGAUGCUGAGUUAAAUUUGAUCUACAACCGAUUGUAUGGUUGGAUUCAAACUGGUUUCAAACUUAAUCCUAGGCCUGACGUUCGCAAUUUUGUCAUUCGACUCUUUUCUACUUACAAGAAUUGCACAGCUCUGUCAAUGCGCUGCACACCCAAAUCAGAAAUAAUCCCAGUCAUCAAUGAGAUUGGUUUACCCUUUUUAACAGUAAACAUCUCCAAAGAACUGUUAAGCCAAUUACGCCUGCUUAAUCACCAGGGUUGGCUUGAGAACGUUGUGACACUUGCUUUAAAGGAUUUCACAAUUUGUCAGAAAGAAUCUAAGACAUUCCAUCAUUCCUUUUCAGAAUAUAGCAGACACAUUAUUAAUUCAAUAGAAUUCUUGCGAGGGCGGCAUCAUCUCGGAAUCAAGUACCAUAAUUUAAACUUAGGUCUUUAUCACUUAAUGAUGAUGUGGUAUAAGGAAGUAUUUCAGCACUUUGCAUGUUUCAAGAUGAUCUUCUAUGUUUAUCGGCCAUUUUUCCUGGAUGACAGAAAAUCUAAACAACUUAUUGAGCGGUAUGAAGACAGCAUCCCACUUUGGUAUUUACAAAAUAUUUGUUCACAACUGCAAUUUGGAUUUACUUUGUGUGUAGAUCAUCAUUUGAGAAACGCUGAUUACCCGGAGUUGAUCCCGCUAUAUUUUUACAAUUAUCCAAGCUUCGCACAGGAGCGAAUGGGAUGGACUGUUGACGACUGGUAUGGCAAUGUUCGUUUGUGGCCGUUAGAAUUUCUAGCUAAACUUUCCUUUGACCUCUAUCGGAAGUACGACUAUUUAAAGAUUCUUAACAUUGGACUUGAACCGAAAACUCGAAUUUCUCUGUAUACUGACAAAGUAAGGAAAAUAUUUUUAGCAUCAAGAACUCGUUUAAAGUUCCCACAAGUUUUGAGGGCACUUUGACGGAAUAAUUAAUUGUUAUCCCCGCUUAUUUGAUAGAUUUAGAAUUUCAAUGUUCAGCAUCAAGUGUAUCAAAUUUAACUGACUCUCUCUCGUCUGGUGCAUGUUGACUGUAACAGGUCUCCAUCAAUAUUUUACGACACCGUAGUAAGCUGUAAAAAUAAGGGCAAGUAGUCGGAAAUUUGCGCAAAGAUUGGGAUCUUUUAGCCGAAUAAAGAUAGAAUAAUGAAACAAACAAGAACAAACAAAUAAACCAACGUAGAUAUUUCA